UUCAUAUACCAAAUUAAAAAUAACAUUUUAAAUCUUUCUGACAAAAACAAUGGGAAGACCAAAACCAGAGGACUCAAUUCGACAUUUCAGUCAUCCACAUCCAUUGUUCAACUCAUCUCUUAUUCCUCAAGACCAAUCUUCUUCUUCUUUUUGUUGCGUGUUUUGCAAGCUAAAAUUCUUAAAUCUUCCAUCGUAUUCAUGCAAGCCUUGCAAUUACCACAUCCACCUAAAAUGUUCCGAAUUACCUCAAAAAAUCAGACACCCUUUCGACAAAAACCAUCUCCUCUCUCUGAUCCCUUCUCCCAAAUACCAAGAAGGACGAUUCCGCUGCGAUGCAUGCGGAAAAGAGGGUGACGGCUUCGCUUACCACUGCGGAGACUGCGGAAUCGAUCUUCACACGGUUUGUGCUAACAUGCCUUCUCGAGUCACCCACCAAUCUCACCCUCACCACCAACUUUCUUUAACGUUUUCCGUGCCACCGGGGGGACCAGGAUCCGUUACGGCAUCUAGCUUCCGCUGUUGCAUUUGCCGUGGUCUAGGGUCUAACUCGUGGCUCUAUAGCUGCAGAGAGUGUGGUGGAUUCGAUGCUCAUUUGUUGUGCGCUAGAAGAAAAUUAGCUGCUACUACAAAUUUGGUCCAGCAUGUUGAACAAAUCAUAGGACUCGUAGUUGUCGGCACCACCAAAGGAUACGGUUUAUUAUUAAUAACCGGACUAGAAACAUUAACAAUCUUGUAAGUUGUAACCAAUACACCUUUUGUUAAUGUUUCUAGUCCGGUUAUUAAUAAUAAACCGUAUCCUUUGGUGGUGCCGACAACUACGAGUCCUAUGAUUAGAUCGAUGAUUAAUGAGAUGAUUAAUAAUCUUGUAACCAAUACACCGCAAAAUCCAAGCCAGGUCUCUCAGCUUCAUGAAUUGCUCGGACCAUUGGGAAUGGGCAGUGGCGGACCAAUUGAUGGACCCGGUUCAUCUUCGUCUUCUGGUUUUCUCGGUUUUGAUCCGUCGGUUUUCACAUCAGUUGACCCGUCGGUGUUUGCUGGAUUUGACCCUUCUUUGCUUUCUACUUUAUUCUCCGGACUUGAUUUCUUCUCCUAAUUAAUGUUUUCGAACAUGCAGAUCUCUAUAACUUUUGAUCUAUUUUAUUCAUUAGUAUACUAAAUGUUAUUGCGUUUUGGUGAUGUAUUUGAACAAUUCAAAUAAAUGGAAAAUGGUUUCAUAUAUACU